ACAAGCCAAAUAUUUGUCAUCAGACUUGUCUGCAGGACCUGUAGAUUUAUGUGAUUUCUUCUUCUCAAGGUCCCCAAACUAUCCUGAGGUUUCUGGCACCUGCCAGGAGUUGACUUGACUCACCUGGUAAGGCUGCUGGGAACUCUGUCAGCAAGGCAUCAGGCCAGUAUUUCCAGGGGGGUUGAUUGGCUCCACAAAGUCCACCUUAAUUCCUUCAAGCUGUCUGGUUAUUUCUGGGUCUUUGCAGGUGUGUCUCAAAUCCGACAUUCCUGUCAAAUCUUUGGUGAAAUAACCAAUGUGUCCAAUGGUGUCUUGUUACAAGGAGAACAGAUUCUCAUUGUACUUAAGCAAAAAGGAGGGGAGGACUCAGCACUCAGAUGUGUAGGAAUGUGUUUGCUUGUAGAUCAAGAUGGCAGUUGCAUACAUGGGAACUAAGGAGUUAAGGGGGGAAUCUGACAGAAGCAAGGCUGCCGAGACUCAGUCAGCAUCAGGAAAGGGUCCCAGCUGAGUCCUUCACAUGUGCGGAUUCACCACGGCCGAGCUGCCAUUGCCACCUGUGCCACUCGUUGGGAAUAGACCUUGGGAACAGAGUGGAGAGGAGGGGAAAGGGGUCAUUUGUCCAUACAGGCCCGAAUGGUCUGACCUUGUUCACCCUCAGACCCAUAGACCAUACCAGGGACCCCUUGGAUAGAGAACUUUGGCUGCCUGGUGAGGAGUAUGGUUACACCUGCCAAAGGGCAAAAAGAAAGGAGAAGGAGUCAAGGAACCCCCCUGAAGGGCAAGAGGGGAAAUCCCUCAUCCUGUUGGGCAAGGGGUGCCCCAUAGACGCCCCCUGGGACUUGGGAUCCUCACCAAGGAGGAACCUCUCAGGUGGAGGUUGUCAGCUGCCCAGAGAACACUAGAGUCAGGCCACCAAGGGAAACCCCCCAGAAAUUCCUAGGAAAUCCCAGGAGAGGCCGAGUAUAGCAGAGGGUCCCUGUGAAGGCCAUCAAAUGUGGGGUGACCUGAUCAGGGGGAGGCCCGCAGCUCAGGGGGUGAGAGAAUUCCCCCCAAGGCAGAACAGAGGAGAUGGGAGUUUGCCGAAUACCCUGCAAGGGAGCAGCAGGCAGGAUGGCAAAGGAGAGACUGUCUGCCGGGAGGCGGGGCUACAGUUAUGGGGUCAUGAAGGAGCAUGGGAACCUUUGGAAUGCUCCCUGUGUGGGACCUGUGCCCGGUUGUAAGUCGCAGGGGUUAGUUAGGGCCUGUGGCCAUUUUGAGGCAGGUCACUCAGGAGCCCGUGUGCAUUCAGCUGUGUGCUCACUGCGCCCUUUGCUGCAUAUCUUUCCAUCACUCAGGCCUGUUGCCUAAAAACGGUCCAUACACUGUGAUUCUUCCUCCUGUGUUAACGUGAGCGGUGGCUGUGUCCCCAUCAAUCCCUCAGGGACUCUUCCUUCUGGUGCCCUUUUCCUUGAAUUCUGGGCCCUGGGUUAAAUGUUUGAGCGGCCCUGCUAACUUCCACGUUUCUUAAGGCCCCGGACUCGUCUUACAAACCAGGUGUGCCAGGCACCCGGGCCCUGGCCUGUGUCCGUGCCCAGAGCCCACCUAAUCUGGGAAAAGGGUCGUGUCUGCCUCUGUCGGAAGAGAGGGGACGCCACCAGGCUUCUUGCCCUUGUUCCUUCCAGGGCGAGAGCUGCUCACAUCAAGCAGCACUGGAAUCUGAGUGUCCACACCAUUCUGACAUUCUGGUUCCAGUUCUUGGAGCUGAUGAGGCAUAAUCGUCUUAGAGCCAGCCAAGCGCGUGUCCUCCGGCCUCUGUGGUCUUUGAGGAUGUGGCUGUGAACUUCACCCCGGAAGAGUGGGCUUUGCUGAAUCGUAGUCAGAGGAAGCUCUACAGAGAUGUGAUGCUGGAGACCUGCAGGAACCUGUCUGCUGUGGGUUGUCGAAGUCAAGGUAACACAACUACAUCAAGGCCUCAGUGGAGCAUUUUGCUGAAUGAGCCGCCGGGGGAAGACAAAACAGGAAUAUUUACAAGAAAAGAUUCGUGUUCUGUUUUUGGAGAAAAGCAGACAUUUUGUAGCAGAGGAGAUCACCUGCAAACCCAGGAAGGGCAUUCAAGAAGUCCUUUGGUGGAAAGUGUCUGUGAACGUAUUGAAGGAGAUCCAUGUGGAGAAACCCUGAACCUGAUUACAAGUCUUACUGUGCAUGAGGGUUAUCCUACUAGAGGCAAAUCCUGUCAACAUGCUAAGCAUAGAGAAGCCUUCGCAGAUGGUUCCUUCCUUGGGAAGCCAAGAGGAUCUCACCCAGGACUCAAACCUAGUCCUGGUGAGGAGUGUGGGCUAGCCUGCAGCUGCGUCGUGAGCCUUAGCGCUCACACGGACACAGACCUUAUAGAGGAACCCUAUGAAAGUCAGGACACUGGGAGAGUAUCUAAGACAUCGAAGAGGCUCAGUAGUAAAAAAUCUCUAGAGUGCAAGAAAUGUGGAAAAGCUUUCACUCGCACGUCUUCCUUUCAGGGUCAUGUGCGAGGUGACUGUGGAAAGAGAGUCCAUGCGUGUGACGUGUGUGGGAAAGUCUUCAGGUAUAACUCAAGCCUGCAGACACAUAAGAAAACACACACUGGGGAGAAGUCCUAUGAAUGUCAGCACUGUGGGAAAGCCCUCUCUGGUCGCAGUGCCCUUGUAAGGCAUGUGAGAACACACACAGGGGACAGACCCUAUGAAUGUAAGGAAUGUGGGAAAUCUUUUUGGAAUUGUGGACAUUUUAAUCGGCACAUGACCAUGCACAGUAUGGUGAAACCCUGUGAAUGUAAGCAGUGUGGCAGAGCCUUCCGGGAUCAGACAGAUCUGCGAAUCCAUAUGAGGACACACACGGGGGAAAGACCCUUUGAAUGUCAGCAAUGUGGGAAAGCCUUCAGAUAUCUUGGAAAUCUGCGAGAACAUAUGCGGACACACACGGGGGAGAGACCCUAUGAAUGUCAGGAGUGUGGGAAAACCUUCAGGUACAACUCAAGUCUGCAAGCUCAUGUGAGGACACACACGGGGGAGAGACCCUAUAAAUGUCAACACUGUGGGAAAGCCUUCAUUCGACACCACACCCUCGUACUACAUAUUAUGAGAAGACACUCAGUGGGCGGACACUUGGAAUGUAAGGAGUGUGGGGAAACUUUCAGGAAGCAUCGACCUUUUGAACGUCACAUGACCACACACAAUGUAGUGAAACCCUAUGAAUGCGAGGAGUGUGGCAAAGCCUUCAGGUAUCACAGAGACCUACAAAUACACGCGCGGACACACACUGGGGAGAGACCCUAUAAAUGUCAGCACUGCGAGAAAGCCUUCACCUCCUCUGAGAACCUGCGAGUACACGUUAGGACACACACUAGAAAGUGACCCUAUGAAUGUCAGCAGUGUGGGAGGGCCCUCAAGUGUCCAUCACACCUGGAAACACACAUGUGGACACACACUGGGGAGAGACACCAUGAUUUUAAGGAGUGUGGACAAACUUUCCAGAAGCGUGAACAUUUCAAACGUCACUCGAACACGCACAGUGCAAUGAAACUCUGAAUAAGCAGCGUGGCCUCCUGGGAUCACACACAUCUGCAGGUACAUAUGAGAACACACACUGGGGAAACUUCGUAAAUGUCUGCUCUGUGGGAAAGCCUUCGUUUGUCUCUCUUCCCUUCAAGGACACACGGGCAAGCACAGUGACGUGAAACCCUAUAAACUUCAGCACCGUGGAAAAGCCUUCAGGUAUCCCAGGAAUCUGUGAGCACAGACACACUGUGGGAAAGCAUUUAUUCUCCCUUAAAAUUUUAUUGGGAAUGUGAGCCAACACACUGGAGAUGAUCCUGAACAAACAAGAUUUUGGGAAAACAUCAGGUAUAGAACUUGAUGUAUUUUGUUCACAAAAAUUCCGGCAGGACAGAAAUCUUUUCAUUGUUAUGAAUAUGACUUUGUCUUUCAAAGUGCCUCUUCCUUAAUGGGGAUCCCAAACGGAUGAAUUCCUAGUUCAUGUCACUGAUAUGAAUGCUAAUGGUUUUAAGUGGCCUUUCUCCUCUGCAUCUGUACAACAUAGAUGUUGUUGUCUCAGAUUUCAAGUAAUCACACUGUUGUGCACAACAUGUCUCCUUUGCAUUAGUAUAUAUCUUGGACCCAGGAGUGAGAAGAGAGUGUGUGUGUGUGUGUGUGGCAGUGUGUGUACCACUUUAUAUAAUUAUAGAAAAAGAUUUCUUUAAUUUCACCUUGCAGAAUGUUUCUAGUAUACGAUCACACCACGUAGACUUCUAUUGUUGAAAGCUCUGUUCUCUGUUGCAGAUACUGGAAUUUCCUGAGUCAGUACCUGCUCUUCUAUUCAAUCCUUAUUAUUAA